GCGAUUCCCUUGGGUUAGUCACGUGUCCUCGGGGAGCCCUGUUUAGUUUUGGGACACAUCGUAGAAGAGAGGUCCGUUACCUCAGAGUAGUUGUAGUUAUAGCUAAUACCCUUAGUAACGCCAGCUGCUUCCACCUGAAACGAUAUUUUUUAUUUUUUUACCGUCGUCACAGACUGUAAAGACUAAAUAAAUUAUUGAGCGCGCACUCAGGCAUAGUAUUAAACUUCUGAGAUCAUCAACUGCGAUACCAUUUCUGCAAGUGUAACGUUGUUUCCACCAAAACAAGACAGUAACCAACGGGUUGUCACAGCAAAUAAAGGUGACUGACCAGCUCUCGUGGGAUUUGAUGUCAUCUCUGGACGGGUUCAACUGAAGAUGGAAACACUGGAGUCUGAGCUGACCUGCCCAAUCUGCCUGGAGUUGUUCGAAGACCCACUGCUCUUGCCCUGCGCCCAUAGCCUGUGUUUCAACUGCGCCCAUCGCAUCCUGGUGUCCCACUGCUCUACCAGCAAACCCCUCGAGUCCAUCUCCGCCUUCCAGUGCCCCACCUGUCGCUACGUCAUCACGCUGAACCACCGCGGCCUGGAGGGCCUCAAGCGCAAUGUGACCCUGCAGAACAUCAUCGACCGCUUCCAGAAGGCCUCGCUCAGCGGCCCCAACUCGCCCACCGAGAGCCGCCGCCUCCACCCGCGCCCCUACGGCACGCACGGCACCGGCCUUGGGAUCGGCAACAACACCAUCACCACCGGCGGGAUUUCCACCACCAGCGGUAGCGGCAGCGCCCGCAGCAGCCCGGCCUCCGCCAUGUCGCUGGACCGCAUCAGCUGCCAGUUCUGCGAGCAGGACCCGCCGCGCGAGGCGGUGAAGACGUGCGUGACGUGCGAGGUGUCAUACUGCGACCGCUGCCUGCGCGCCACGCACCCCAACAAGAAGCCCUUCACCAGCCACCGGCUGGUGGAGCCGGUGGCGGACGCCCACCUGCGCGGGCUCACCUGCCUGGAGCACGAGAACGAGAAGGUCAACAUGUACUGCAUGGUGGACGACCAGCUGAUCUGCGCCCUGUGCAAGCUGGUGGGCCGCCACCGGGACCACCAGGUGUCGUCGCUGAGCGAGCGCUUCGACAAGCUCAAGGCUUUUCAAGUGAGCCCUGGCAGAGUAUCUGACGCGGUAAUGGAGGCUUCAAAGACAAGCGCUGCGCAAACCCUGGAGAACAACCUGACCAAUCUGGUGAAGAGAAACAGCGAACUGGAAAACCAGAUGGCCAAGCUUAUCCAGAUCUGCCAGCAGGUGGAGGUGAACACAGCCAUGCACGAAGCCAAGCUGGUGGAGGAGUGUGACGAGCUCGUGGAGAUCAUACGCCAGAGGAAACAGAUCAUCGCCGUCAAGAUCAAGGAGUCCAAGGUGAUGAAGCUGCGGAAGCUGGCCCAGCAGAUUGCCAACUGCCGCCAGUGUCUGGAGCGCUCCAGCGCCCUCAUCACUCAGGCCGAGCACAGCCUGAAGGAGAACGACCACGCGCGCUUCCUCCAGACCGCUAGGAACGUGGCUGAAAGGGUUGCCAUGGCCACAGCCUCAUCCCAGGUGCUGAUUCCGGAUGUGAACCUGAACGAGGCCUUCGACAACUUUGCCCUUGACUUCUCCCGAGAGAAGAAGAUCUUGGAAUGCCUGGAUUACCUCACAGCGCCCAACCCUCCGUCCAUCCGUGACGAGCUGUGCACUGCCUCCCACGACACCAUCACCGUCCACUGGAGCUCCGAGGACGAGUUCAGCGUCACCUCCUACGAGCUGCAGUACACCAUCUACACCGGACAGACCAACUUCAUCAGUCUGUAUAACUCGGUGGACAGCUGGAUGAUCGUUCCCAACAUCAAGCAGAACCACUACACGGUCCACGGCCUGCAGAGUGGCACGCGCUACAUCUUCUUCGUCAAGGCCAUCAACCAGGCGGGCAGCCGCAACAGCGAGCCGGCCCGCCUCAAGACCAACAGUCAGCCAUUUAAACUGGACCCCAAGACGGCCCACAAGAAGCUGCGUCUGUCCAACGACUGCCUGACCAUGGAGAAGGACGAGAGCUCGCUGAAGAAGAGCCACACUCCCGAGCGCUUCAGCGGCACGGGCUCUUACGGCGCCGCGGGGAACGUCUUCAUGGACAGCGGCUGCCACUACUGGGAGGUGCUGCUGGGGGCCUCCACCUGGUACGCAGUGGGCGUGGCCUACAAGUCCGCGCCCAAGAACGAGUGGAGUGGCAAGAACUCGUCCUCCUGGGUGCUGUCUCGCUGCAACAACAACUUCAUGGUGCGUCACAACGGGAAGGAGAUGCAGGUGGAGGCCAGCCCCCAGCUGCGGCGCCUGGGCGUGCUGCUGGACUACGACAACAACUCGCUGUCCUUCUACGACGCCAUGAACUCUCAGCACCUGCACACCUUCGACGUGGCCUUCGUGCUGCCUGUGGCGCCCACCUUCAUGAUCUGGAACAAGUCAGUCAUGAUCCUGUCAGGCCUGCCCGUGCCUGACUUUGUGGACUGUAGUGAGCAGCAGCAGGACCUCUGUCGCCAGCAGGAGUCUCCCUACGGCUCCGGGAUGAAGUCCUGCCACUAAGGCAUCCUGGGACUUGGAGUCUCAUGUCUCUGGGUUUCACAUUUGAGUGUCUUGAGAACCAGGGUUGAGCUCCAGACAUCGAGACCUACAAUACGCUAUGGUGGGAGAGGGUGGGGUAUAGGAUCCUCUUUGCAAAGUGUGCCGUUUCUCUCUCUCCAUUUGAAAGCCUUGGGUUGGUGUACGUAGAGAUUCCAUCUUGUUUCUGGAAUCCAAACGAAAGUUUUAAAUUCCUGUUUAACGGGGAAGAGAGUGCACUCUUGGGGAAGAAAAAUAUUAUGUAAAAGAUUCAGAGUUCUGCAGAAGAUUGGCCAUUGGUUGGCCAGGACUUUGGUCAGUGGACAGUGCCAGAUGCCAGAAAACCAGAUUGGUUUUCUCAACCAGAGGGGUCUUCUUCUUCAUUUAUUUUACCAUCAUCCUCUUGGUUAGGUUUUUCAUUGGUAGGUGAUGGUUGCCGACACCGACUUGUGUUUAAGGCUGGUUUUGUUUCUGAUAUUCCAGAUCACCAGAGGUUUAUUUGCGUUAUGUGACUACUAGCGUUGUAUCAUAAGAAAUGUAUUGAUUACGAUUUAAUAGAAGAAAAUGUUGAUUAUUUAUGAAUACUAAGUUGGUUUGCUUUUUUUGUCAAUCUCAUUGUAUUCUCAUAAUGCACUUUUAAGAUUGACCAUUUUCUCAGUGUGUAUAAAAUAGAACUGAAUUGGGCCGGGUUGUAUUUUUUAGAUAGCAUAGUAAAUUUAUCUUGUAUAGUGAAAGGAAUAUGAUAACGAUGUUUAUGCGGUUUCUAUCACAUGAAUCAGGAUAAACCUGACAAGAUGAUGACAGUGUUGAAUAAUAUUGAGGGAGGAGAGGGUGAACAGGUGCUGUGCUGUGCUUCUGGGUGUCAUGGCAUGCUAAGGUGUUCACUCUGGGAUUUGUUCACACACAAAAACAUGUAUCCACACUCCAUGUUUUUAUGGUUUGGUUUGGUCGUGAUGGUGCAUGUAACAUUGUAGGAUUCCACUCACAGAUCCCCCUGUGGUCAUGUAUUUUUUUCUACAUACAGGAAAUCCAGUUUGCCACAACAUCCGAUUUCACCUGUAGUAUCUCUCAAAGUCCAACCCAGUCCCCCUUGUCCAAUCACAAGUGAAAUUACUUCUACUUCCAAGUAGACCUCAUCCCCAGUUGAAUGCGAUAUUAAAACAUAUGGUCCAACCAGCGAUUCAUUUCGAAAACUGAAGUGUGGUCACAAUUAAUUAAAAUUCCACAGUCAUGGAAACCACAUAAUGCUUGUUAACUUGAUGAUUCCUGCAAAGCAUGCCAGGGUUUCACUUGACAAACUAAAUUACACUUUCCACUAAAUCAAAAGUAAAAAAAAAAAAACCUCUUCACUCAAUCUAAUUAAUUAAUUUCAGCAUUCAUUUGAAGUUUACAAUGUAUAUAAGGUUUUGUCUAUAAAUAUAAGUAGCUGUUUAACCAGAAGUAGACAUCUUCAUGUUGUGUGCAAAACAACUCUACUCUUGGUUAAAGUGUGUGCAGACUGCAAGCAAGGCCAAGCAUUAUAUAUUUUCCAUAAAUGUGAGCAAUGGUAUGUUUGGAGAACAGGCAUCACAAAGAGACAACCAUAAGCUCUACAGUGCGCUCGAAAAAUAAAUAAAAAUGCAACCUGGAACAUAGUUAUUUAUUUGGAAACCUGCUACCAAGGUUUUUGUGUAUUAUGAAAUCCUUAAAGUUAGUUUUCAGGGCUAAUGAUGAUCGGAUCGACAAUCAGUAAUGUAUUUACACGUGUAGGCAAAUAUAAAACAAAUAUUUCUGUGUUGACAGUGAAGGCAUGGCAAUAAGCAUGUACUACUUGGUAUACUGUCAAAAUUGAGUUCUCAUUACACCUGUACAGAUUUAGGAACUGGCUCACGUACUACUGAUCCCACUACUCUCCACUCUGUCCACAUAUCAGUGAGUUUUAUUUUCUCAUAACUGAGUGUUCCCACCUCAUCCUGAUUUAAAUGUUUUUGUUCUGUUUUGAAUUCUUUUUUUUUGAAAGCACAAAAAACGACACUCUGUCAGGUUUGAUUGGUCCACAGAGAAACCAGAGGAGGAAGUCCACAUCAGAGGAUCAGAGGUUGGCCCUUUCUCCACUUCCUGAAAGUAGAAAGAGUAGAGUUUCUACUUGAAGAGUCUUGUGUUUCAUGUGUGAGCAUGUCCGUUCCAUGAGAACUGUAAAAUAUGGCUUCUCGCCCCAAAAAGGUUUCUUUACAAAACUGCAUUGACAUGCAAAGUGAUGUACAGUCACUACUGCAGGUUACAAGUGGUGUCUGGUUCUUUGCUUCUUCUUAUUUAUUUUAACAUUUCAGUAGAUUUAUGAAUGUCAUGUUCUCCAAAAGCCCACUGCGAUGACCAGUCAUGGGUCAGAUCCUUGUGUACAUUGUCUUAACUGGGACUGACUAACCAACUGAGGUUCAGUUCAUCAGUAGGGGUACUCCUGGCUGGGUUGCUGCAUGUCAAUGUGACUCCUGAGAAGUUUAUCCUUCAUCCCUGGGGAUGGGUUCAAAUAUUGCUAUACAUAUUCAUCAGAACACAUCCACCAGAGUCGCCAGAAUUUAGACUUCUCGUGCAUAUCAGAUAGUUUGCUGUGCAUUUAUUCUUUAUCAAUUGAUGAAUAAAUAUAUAUAUAUAUAUUGAUUUACAGUUUACCCUCAGUAGUUCUGUAUGCUGUAGAAACUCAUUUAGUUUCUGUGUUCCUCAAGCUUAUUUUUAGAAAAUGUCAACAAAUUGAACUGAGCUCGCUCCCCUCCUUUCAGUAUUUCAAUCGACACAAAAAGAGGAUCGAAAGAGUUGUGUUCAUCAACAUGACACUUCAGUUUCAAUAGGUAUACUAGCCUUUAGUGAAAAAGGAUUGUAAAUCAUAGUAUGAAAUACAGUAUAUAUUAUAUAAUGUAUAAUAUACAAAAAUUAUAUGAACUAUUGUUAUUUAUGUGAACUCAAGUCCAAUUAAAAGUCUGAUCCCAAA